UAUCUCUUCUUCCCUAAUCCAUGGCUUCGGCCAAUUCUUAUUCUUUUCUUCUUCUUUCCCAAAUUCUCAAUCUCAAUUUCCAAUUCCAUCUCUAAAUCCCUAAAUCCCAAAUCACCCAACACUACCGAUAGAACCCUAGAAUUACGUUUCUAUCAUGGGCGAAUUACUUAGUGGGUCAAUUUGUGGGAUGAUUACCAGCUAUAGGGGUGUUGCGCUCUUGAGCGAACUGGAUUUGGGGCAGGGAGGGGGAGAUUCAGGAGGUGAUGAUCUGUUUGCGGAGAUGGGAACUAGGAAUCCAGCCGAUCAAAUUGACAACUCUGUGGUGCCAAUUUGGGUCCGUCUCUUUGGAUUACAAGAUGAGCUACAAUCAAAAGAGGGUUUGGGUCGUAUUUCCAGCGUGUUAGGUAAACCUCUCUGUACGGAUUUACGUACUCGCAAGAGGGAGAAAGUGAGAUAUGCUAAGGUGUGUGUUGAGUUAAUUGUGGAUUCCCCACUUGUUGAACAUAUUAGUUUUACACCCAAUGUGUUUCCUGAAAUGUUUGUGGAUGUAAGUUACUGAUGCUGAAAUAAAAGUGCUUUGUUUGAGAUGGACCCACCAAAUCACAGUG